AUGUCGCAAAAAGAGGGUGCUGGUGUGGUCCACCAGGAAAGCACCUUGAACCAUGUCACCCUGGACAAAGAGCCUCAGGGCCAAAUCAGAGAAGUCAAUGCCGCAUCGGUUGCCCUUGCAGCGGCCGUUGCUGCUCAGCCUCCUCGGCUGCUGUCCACAAACAUGAUCAAACUGUACAUGAUCAUGGGUAUCUGUUAUCUGGUCUCCACUAUGAACGGGUUUGAUUCCUCGCUCAUGGGUGCCAUCAAUGCCAUGAAGCCCUAUCAGGAUUCUUUCGGACUAUCCGGUGCCGGGUCCUCCACCGGCGUGGUCUUCAUCAUCUACAAUCUCGGUCAAAUUGCGGCUUUCCCCUUCUGUGGUCUCCUGGCUGACGGCUACGGUCGUCGUAUCUGUAUUUUUGUCGGUUGUCUCAUUGUCUGGAUUGGCACUGCGGUUCAGGCCCCCGCCACCAGUAUGAGCAUGUUCAUGGGCGGCCGUUUCCUGCUCGGAUUCGGUGCUUCUCUCGCCAGUGCUGCGGCUCCCGCCUGGUGUGUCGAGCUCAGUCACCCAGCCUACCGUGGUACCAUGGCUGGUAUGUACAACAACUUCUGGUGGUUGGGUAAUAUUCUGGCUGGCUGGACCACCUACGGAAGCAACCUGCACCUCCAGACAUCAUGGGCGUGGCGGAUUCCCACCAUUGUCCAGGCUGGUCUGCCCGGAGUCGUUCUCGUCUCUGUCCUGUUCUUCCCCGAGUCUCCCCGUUGGCUCAUUGCCAAGGACCGCCGUGAGGAGGCCCUGGACGUGCUGGCCAAGUAUCACGGUGAAGGUGACCGCCACCACCCCAUUGUCCAGCUCCAGUACCACGAGAUCACCGAGCAGAUCAGCGCCACCCACAACGACAACCCCUGGUGGGACUUCCGCGAGCUGGUCAACACCAAAGCCGCCCGCUACCGUCUCUCCCUCCUGGUCCUCAUGUCCCUGUUUGGCCAGUGGUCCGGCAACAACGUCGUCUCCUAUUUCAUGCCCCAAAUGAUCAUCCAAGCCGGCAUCACGGACCCCAGCAAGCAGCUGCUCAUCAACGCCAUCAACCCCAUCUUCAGCAUGAUCGGCGCCAUCUACGGCGCCACUCUGCUCGACAAGCUCGGCCGUCGCACCAUGCUUCUCGCCGGUCUCGCCGGCGGUCUCAUCGCCUACAUCAUGCUCACAGCCUUCACCGCCGAGACCCCCAACAACCCCAACCUCAGCUACGGCGUCAUCGUCUCUAUCUACCUCUUCGGUAUCAUCUUCGCCUGGGGCUUCACCCCCUUGCAGACUCUGUACGCCGUCGAGGUCCUGGAAAACCGCACCCGUGCCAAGGGCUCCGGUCUGAACUUCCUCGUCCUCAACGUCGCCAUGGUCGUCAACACCUACGGUAUCUCCGUCGGUAUCGAGAAGAUUGGCUGGAAGCUCUACCUCGUCUACAUUGCCUGGAUCAUCGUCGAGAUGGUCGUCAUUUACUUCUUCUUCGUCGAGACCGCCGGCAAGACCCUUGAAGAACUCAAGGAGAUUUUCGAUUCUCCCAACCCCCGCAAUGCCAGUCUGAAGAGGACAAAGGUCGAGAUCGACCAGACGGGCAAUGUUGUUGGCAUGGAGGCAUGA